AAGGGUUUGUGGGCGAGCCCAUUGUGGUAAGAGGUGUGAGGUUGCUGUUGGAAUCGCGUGAUGAAGCAUUCAUUGCAGUGGAUGAAUUAGAAGUAGUGAAGACAAAGGAGGUAGUAACUCGCGUGAGAGCUGGCGCCAUCAUGAAUAUCAACAUAAGCCGGAGUUUCCAACCCCUGAGGCUCUGACAUCAGCCCCCCGCGCGCCGUACGCGCCCAGCCACAAAGCCAGAUAAAUAUCCAUAACAUGGUGUAACAUAGCAUAACUUUGCGUAACAUGGCAUAACAUGGCAUAACAAAGAUCCCCUGCAUAGGCUAUCAAAUGCCACGAGUUUUUAUUUUCCUAAUUCGAACCCCCCCCAGGUAAUUAAUUCAAAUCACGACACAUCACCACGAUGGCCUCUGUACACGCGCCGGUCAAUGGUGAUAUGGAGAGUGUGAGAUUGGUCGCCUUUUCUGAUGGAGACCCUGAACGCGCUGCAAAUUGGAGUACAAGCAGGAAAAUUCUCGUCCUGAUAAUCGGACUUGCACUCGCAUCUAACAGCACACUUGGUUCCUCACUCCCAAGCGGCGCUUCUCACUAUCUGUCCAAAGAUUUCAAUGUAUCAAGCGCCGAACAACUGGCAUUGCCAAACUCUGUCUACCUGAUUGGAUAUGUCUUUGGGCCGCCAUUGUUCAGUCCACUCAGCGAGAUGCAUGGCAGAAGAAUCGUGAUGCUUUCGACCUUCUUCGGCUUUACAGCCUUCACCCUGGCAUGCGCUUUAGCACCAACAUGGCCAGCUCUGUUGAUUUUUCGCUUCCUCUCGGGUGCCUUUGCAUCGGCGCCAAUAACAGUUGUGGGCGGCAUUUUCGCCGAUAUCUAUGAUGAUCCUGUGAGAAGAGGUCAAGCAAUAGCCCUAAUAGGAUUGACUUCCUUAGGUCCAAUCAUUGGACCUAUCAUUUCGGGGUUCGUAUCACCCAUCUCGUGGAGAUGGACGUUUUGGGUCGGGUUGAUAAUUGCCGGUGCAACUUGGCCGCUUGUUCUUGUUCUCCCAGAGACAUAUCCUCCAGUCAUCCUUUUGCGGCGUGCAAAACGAAUGAGGGCAGCAUCGCCUAAUCAUGCCCAGAACGUAUAUGCGCCCAUCGAACUUGAGGACAAUGGAUGGAAGCACACCGUAACAGUCAAGCUCGCAAGACCAGUGGUGAUGUUCAAAGAACCUAUCGUUAUCUGCACUUGCAUGUACUUGGCUCUCCAAUUUGGAAUUUUCUAUAUCUUCUUCCAAGUCUACCCCACUGUGUUUCAAGGCAUAUACAAGUUCAAUGAUGGACUUGCUGGUGUAGCCUUGGUUCCAGUCGGGGUUGGCGGCGUGAUCGCUUGUGGCAUAGCAAUCUGGUACGACACAUUUCUCGAACAAGCCAAAGAGCGCAAUGCUUCGUGGCCAAAGAGUGAGGAAUACCGUCGACUUCCUUUGGCGUGUAUCAGCGGGCCAUUAAAUGUAUCAUCGUUAUUCUGGCUGGGUUGGACUGCGCGAUCAGACAUCCACUGGAUUAUCCCCAUGCUUGCAGGAGUUCCAUUCGGCAUGGGUCUCGAAUUGGUUUUCAUAUCCAUGCUGAACUAUCUCGCAGAUGCAUACGACAUCUAUGCGGCAUCGGCUUUGGCAUCGUCAGCGUUUAGUCGUAGCAUUUUUGCUGUUCUGCUUCCAUUGGCUGCUAGUCCGAUGUAUGAGAGACUCGGAAUUCCAUGGGCGUGCAGUCUUCUAGGCUUCCUCAGUCUAGCCAUGGCAAUCAUACCGUUUGUCUUUCUCAGAUAUGGCACUUGGCUUAGAAUGCAUAGUCCUUACUGCCAGGAGCUGCUGAAGCUGAAGGAGCGCGAUUCGGCAAAUACAUCACAAAUUAUGGCGGAAUCUAGAAACGCAGAAUAGAUAACUUAAAUGCAACAUGAUUACUCGAUGCCUACCUUGGCUGGGCCAAGAUCGGCAAAGCUUUUGUUAGGUACCGAUCGACGGAACGGGUAUACAAUUUGCGUUUUAUACCCGGAGAAAUGACACACUGUAGAUACGCGGGAUCUAUCCGGAGCCAAGUGACCUAUCAGAUAUCUGACAAUGAGAUAGUC